UCGUUUCAGGACCUUGACAGGCACAUUGAGAACCUGCGCGCGCAGUUGCGAUUCCUGAACGAAGGCCUCGAUGCGACAGACCACAAUGCACCCGAUUGGCUGGCUACCGAUCUUCUGUCGCUGCGCAACAAGUCAGGCAGGCUACAAGACGACAUGAAGCGCUUUAGAGAUCAGCUUAAGGGCGAGGGUCUGGCGACCAAGAAAGUAAAAAACGCCAAUGACAAGAAUGCAAACAAGCGACUCAGCAUAGAGGGCUCGACACUGUUAGAUCCUCCAGAGGCGUCAACAAAGAAAGUCCGGCUCAGCAUACCGGGCUCAGACGAGGGGACCGAGAUCCGUCCUACAGACGAGGAGUUAGCACGGCGACCGAGCACAGCAACGAUCGACUCGAGUUAUGUUGUACAGCACAUCGACAUAACAGAGGAGGUCAACAGGAGGCUACAGGAGAGUCGACUGCGCCGUCUCAUGGAGACACCAGGCACCGCACAGAAGCGGAAACGCGACGACGACGAAGACACGCGGAUGGAAAGCGGGACAGAGACAGAGGUGACAUCGCGAUCCGGGCACGACGGUAACAACGACGACCCGACGCCAACAAAACGUGCGAGACUCAGCGGCAACUUCGAGCAAAAUGGCAAGAGAGCUUUGGAUGGGAACGAGAACCACAGCAGGCCAGGGAGUGUCUUCAAACGACGAAAGUACUCAUGGAAGUCGGGCUGA